AUGCGCGCACCUUGGCGCCUUACGCCGCGAGGCAUGCCGUGGGGCGUGGGGAGGGUGCUGCUAGGGGCGGCGUGGGUAGCGGGAUGGUUGGGUCUGUGCGCGUGGGUUGUGUGGUUCGCGCACACGCAGGCCGCCAAUCCGCGGGAGUUGGCGAUGCGCGGGUGGUGCCGCUUGCGCGUGCGCUACUUCUACCAGGGCCUUCUCUCGUCCGUCUCGCGCGUGCAGGAGAUGUCAGCGCUGGUGCGCGUGUUCAACGGGUACGGCGAGCGCAGCAGCAGCAACCUGACCUACUGGGGCCUGGCGGGGUGUGCGGACAACCGCAGCAUGGAGCUGUACAAUGCGGCCACGCUGGGCAUGUCUGACCUCACCACGGGCACUCUCGUCAUGCUCGUUGAGGAUGCUGACAGACCGACGGUGGAGCGCAUCACAGGGCGGCCCAUCGUGACCCUCCUUGGCCUGCCGGCCCCGCGCAAGCCACGCUACAUCGUGAACGUGCUGGGCGGCAUCGACCCCGCCGACCCCAUCCUGCCGUUCACCGACUUCUCCGCCAGCGUGCUCCCAGCCGUGCUCUCCUCUGUCCUCCACGGCACCCCUGCCUCCUCCCCGCCUAUUUUCUUCGGCAAACAUCGAGUGGGCACUGUGAUGAUGGUACCAAUACAACGCCAUCCUGUUCCGCCGGACGCGACAGCAGAGCAGCUGAGGGAGAGUGUGAGCACCCUGUGGGCGGGUUUCUAUUUCCUCCAGGAGGACCUUCAGAGCCUGCUUGCACUGCUUCAUAACGGUGACAUCUCCUCUCCAUCUCCCCCUUCUUCCCCAUCACUCCUCUUCUUCCCCAUCACUCCUUUUCUUCCCCAUCACUCCUCUUCUUCCUCAUCACUCCUCUUCUUCCCCAUCACUCCUCUUCUUCCUCAUCACUCCUCUUCUUCCCCGUCACUCCUUUUCUUCUUCAGUUAA